AUGCCGAGCCGACAGAAGCGGGUCCUGUUCGCGGCCUCCGGGGUGCUGGGUUUCUCGUGCGCCCUCGCGGCCGCCGUGGCCACCGGGCUGCCGUUCUGGGUGGACGGAACCGUGCUGUGCCGAACCGGGGCCGAACUGGUCAACGCCUCCGGAACCGAACUGGACAAGUUCGUGGGCGGCAUCAGCUACGGGCUGUUCCACGGGGAGCGCGAGAAGCACUGCGGCCUGGGAGGAAGACCGUCCCGGUUCUCAUUCUUCCCAGACCUGCAGAACGCCAUCCCCGCGGGCCUCCACGUCACCGUCAUCUUCUUCUGUGGUGUCGUCAUCAUCUUCUCGUCCGUGGCCACCGGCUUCUUCUUCUUCAACGCCUUCGGGAGGCCUUACGAGACGCUGCAAGGCCCCAUGGGACUUUACCUCUGGACCUUCAUCUGCUGCGUGUGCAGCUGCCUGGUGAUGAUCCUGUUUGCAUCGGAGGUGAAGCUGCUUCAUCUUUCUGAACGGAUUGCGAACUUUAACGAGGCGACGUACACGUUUCAGACGCACAGCGAACGCUAUGACCGCUGCUUCUGGCUCUUCCUCCUCAUCUUCUUCCUCCACGGACUCAACUUCCUGCUCAUCCGGCUGACAGGAAUCCAGUUCCCGUUCCAGGAGGCCAAGGAGGCGGAGCUGAAUGGGGGAGGAGCCGACCUCAUGUACUGAUGAGAGCCCGGAGACUCAACCCUCACACUGUAUCUCACAGCGGCCAUUUUGAAGACAGUGACGAACAGCCGGUCUCACGAUUUAAAAGAAAACAAAUCCCUGACGCAUCUAGAACACGCACUUUUACCAACAAACUUUAACUCACAAGUAUUUUAUUUAACAUUUAACGUCCAGCAAAAUAUUUCAUUUAAAAGCAUAAAAAUGUACAAUUUUGGUUUAAAACUGAACCUUAAACAUUCCUUUGUUGGACAAAUGUUAUCAAAUCAAACAGUUUUUCAGUUUAAAGUCAGUAAAUGAAGGAAAAUUUCUUCAUUUAUCUUUUUUAUAUAAAACAUUUGAAGACAACAAACUGACUUUUUGUUUAAAAACAUUUUGUUUAAAUUUACAAACAUAUAGGAAGUUUUAUAAAAUUAAAAUCUUUGCAUGAAUUAAUUUAAAACUAAAAAUGGAAAAUAUUUUCUCCAUUUAUCAUUUUUGAUCAAAUGUGUAAUUAAUGCAGACUCAUUUUUCUUGAUAAAUAAUCUGAAAUAUUUAAAUUUACAAAAACAAGCAAAAAAUACAUCUUAAAAUUGUACUGAAAUUAAAAUUCUUAACUGACUCACCGCCUUAUGGUUCAAACUCUGAACUGCAUCUGGUUUGGUUUUUAAUGUAUUUAUCGAAGUAACUUUACAGGAAAUAUGUUGUUUUGUGACAUUUUUACUUCAUCAGUUUUUUGUUCAAAUGAACUAAAACCUUCACUUUUAUAAAUGUAUUCAGUGUUUUGUCUCUUUGAUACAAGUUUGAUAAAACACUCUGUGUUUUAUAUGAAACUUUAGAUCCUUUUGUGUAAGUUUUGUACAUUUUGUUUAGUUUAUUUAAUAUUAGAUAAAAUUCACAAAGAAGCACAAUAAAGUCCAGACUUUAUGUU